AUGUCGUUUUCGCCCGGACCCAUGGUCCUCGACGGAGACCGUGGCGACUCCGGCCUCACUAUCGACACACGGCUUCCCCGCGCCGAGAGGGCACAGUCAAUACACGAAGACGACGGACAAGCCACAGUCGAACUGGCCUCGAUCAUGAUGACCACGGCUUCGAACCCCGUCUCUCCCGGCCCGUCCAGUCCACCCCUCGAUCAAGUCCGUAUGCAGGACUUUAUACCUCCGACUCGGCCUAGCAGCACGCCAUUUCCGCAGCCCGAGCCCCGCAAUACCGAUCUGCGAUGCCUAAGUUAUCCCACCGACGUCUUGAUGGACUUGGACGAACGAGAACCCACCGAGCUCCUGACAACAGCCUCAUCGCCCGGUGAGGCUGUGGGCAUGAACCUUAAUGAUUUCCCCGCCGAGAUACACGAGUGCAUCCUCGACCACCUCUUUGGCUUUCGGGUGUCCCCGGCCUCAAAGAGCUCCAUCAUGCGCUGGGGAACGGCUCUGCGACAUCCCCGGAGGAAAGAGCUUUCCGAACUCUCUCUAGUAAGCAGGGCAUGGAGGGUGCUUAUCCAGGAAAGACUUUACCGGCACAUUAAGUUGAAAGCUACGGUCGAAUCGUUACGGGAAUCUUUUGUGUACUUUUCGGCCCACCCCCAUCUACGGCCGUACAUUAAACACAUCGAGAUUUGGUUCCCAGUGUUCCAACCGAAAUACAGCCCCUUAGCCUUGUCGACGGCAAACACCCUUCCGACGGUCACGGCCGACGGCUUGACGAAUGCGUCGUACAUCCUGCCCGUCGACAACUGCUCGCUGGAAGAAGCAUUCUACUUCGUGGCUGAGUCAUUUCCAGAGGUCCGUGUCAUGACUCUAGAGGGCGGGGAGCGGAAAAAGGCGCCAAAGGUGAGGCAUUGGAUCCGCGAGCCUGAUGAGCGGCGGCAGCUCAAAUCGAUGCCGAAAAUUGGCUCCGUCCAUACACUUAUCUGCAAGGGACAAUGGAACCUCAUCCGGGGGGAGCGAGACUUUGAGGCCAUUACUACAGCCCUUCCAAAUCUCCGGGAAUGGCAUGGCUCGUAUAGCAAGCCCAAGUCCAAGAGCUAUCUUACCAUGGCCGAAAUUCUUACAAAACCUAUGCGCUUGACGACGCUCAACCUCUGCAUCGAGGGCGACUACCGCCGGGAGCUUUCUUUCCCGACAUAUUUCCUAAAAUUGUCCAAUCGAUUGCACUUUUGCUCAAAGUUGGCACAGGCAGUCGCCUCACCCUCGCUAGAGCACGUUUCCUACACGGGUAGGGUUUGCAAGCAGUUCUUCGUGGAGUUGAUGGCGAGGCAAAAGGACCCGAGACAGGGGCGUCUCAAGUCGAUUGACCUGACAGUCAAGAACUGCUGCCGGCAAGUGAACCACUGGAACGAGUCCGGUUCAGGCAUCACCGACAUGAAUUUUAUCAACUCGUUUGAGGCAUUGGUUCUCGCUGGCAUCAAGGCUCUCGGCAAACUCAAGGCCGUCGAGUACCUGAGGAUCCGCUACGUGGAUCUUGACUCUCCGGUGCCUCCCUUGAAUCCAUACUUCCUCCUUCGCGAAGGAUGGUGUUCGGGCGUAUGGAGCGAUGCCAUUAUUACCGAGCUCAACCGCGUUCGACCGACGACUCGAUUUGAGGAGCUAUCAGAAUCAUUUGGCGAAAUCGGCUAUAACAAGGAAGGCCGGAUGACCAUCAGCCCCGAUUUCCCAAAGUCCAAGGCACUCUCUUUGAAGCUGUCGAAUUAUGCCCUCUUGAGCGGCGGCAUCUCGAUAACAUGA